UACAAAGGUUCCUCCCACUUUAACUCAGACCCCAGGAGGUGAAGCUCGUCUGGUCUAGUCUUCUCCGCAGAAAAACGACAACUAUCAUCCAAAAUGCCGUUUGACUUGGCAAAGGGUACCGGCACCUGGAAGGGAAGCAAGCGCUCCGACAACUAUGGGGAAAUCAUGGCGAAAAUGGGAAUCCCGGCUGAUGUGCAGGCCAUGAUGAAAGACGCGGAGUUCCCCAUCGAGAUCACAGUGUCAGGCAACACGUUCACCAGCAAGGCCACGAUGUUGGGCAAGACUAGUGAGAACACCUUCACCCUGGGACAGGAGUGUGAGGAGACGGAUCCCACCGGUAACAAGAGGAAGGUGACCUACAGCAUUGAGGGAGACACCCUGGUGUCCGUGCACCCCAACCAUGACGGGAAGGGGCUGGAGGUCCGUCAGACCCGCCGGUGGCUGGACGACAAGACCCUCCGCACGGAAUACAAAUGCGGUGACCUGGAGGGAUGGACUGAGAUGCAGAAGAUCUAGAUCUCGGUACCUUCACCCACCCUAGUGCGGACAUGUCUACUGCAUGCACGUGCCGUACCGCAGACGGACAACAGAUGCACGUCUCCCACACCCUGCUUUUAUAACCAAACGUUGCUGCUCUCGAUAUGUUUCUCAACAUAUUAAAGCAUUGAGCAAAACA